UUCUGAACUAUCUUUGCGCGCUGGCCCGGUUUGUCGGAUCGGGCCGAAACUCUUUUUUUUUUGCUGCUGUUGCGCUAGGGAGCGGGCCUCCAGCAGAUACUCGGUGAGCGGGGUGGCUGCGAUGUCGCUUAACUCCUCCUCGCGUGCUCCAAACGUCCCUCAAUUUAAAAAUCCUCUGGCGCGCCGAGGGCUUUUGUGGCUAGUGUCACAGUACGCUAGUCACGCUGCUCACAGGCCGCGGCCAGGUUUGGGUACGCAGCGAGAGGGGCCCUAUCACUCUAAUUCGCACGACUACGGCACCCACUGCACGCGUUCGCAGCGAACCGACGACUAGACGAUAUAAAAUGGCGCUGCUGCCGCGCACCGCCGCACUCCUGACGACGGUGACGCAGUGCCGCGCCCUGAGCCAGCGGGCAGGCGCGCGGUACCUGCUUGUUGACGGUCAUAACUUGAUUUAUCGCGCCUUCUACGCGAUGCCGCAGCUCAGCCGGUCGGGCGACCGACCGGUGGGCGCGGUCAUGGGCGUGGCCAACACGUUCCUCAAGCUCGCGCUGCCCUACUCGCGCGUCGUCUUCUGCCUCGACCCAAAGGGCCCCGGCUGGCGCGAGGAGCUGUUUGCGACUGCGUGGAAAUCAACCGGUGAGUUAGGUUACUGAGAAUUAUUGCGAGAGACCUUUGCCAACCUUCACGCCAUCGAGCAGACGCGGUUACGUGGAGAACCGCGUCGGUGGCGUGGAAACAGACGCAGUGAUGGGCACAACAUCGCGCCAACGCGUGGGGCGCGCUUGGAAUUUGAUUUCCACACAGGUGCGCGAGCUACAAGGAAACUCGGCCGAAGAUGCCGCCGGAACUGCGGCCCCAGGUCGCCGACGCGGCGGCCGUCGCGCGCGCGUUCUCGGCGGCGGUCGUGUGCGUCGACGGCUACGAAGCCGACGACGUGAUCGCGACGCUCGCGGCGCGACAUCGCGGCGAGGGCGUCGACGUGCUGACCGGCGACAAGGACUUGCUGCAGCUCGCGGCGUACGACGGCGUGCGCAUCUUGGACCCGCAGGGGGACCCGGUCGACGCGGCGAAGAAGUUCGGCGUCCCGCCGGGCCGCAUCGGCGACUACCUCGCGCUCGUCGGCGACGCGUCGGACAACGUCGCGGGCGUCCGCGGCUGCGGGCCCAAGUCCGCGGUCGCGUUCAGUGCGCAAAUCAAAUUUCGCGGUGCUCUGCUCUCUACUGGAUCGACGUGCCCAGAAUUGAUGUCCCACAGGUCGCACUGAUCGAGGCCUUCGGCGACCUCGACGCGAUCCUGGCCGGGGCGCCGGACUCGGACGCGGUGCCGAAGCGCGCGAGGGCCGCCAUCGCCGCGUGCGACGGCGAGGCGCUCCGUCGCGACCGGCGCCUCGUGAUGCUGCGGGAAGACGUGCCGCUGCCGCCGCUCGCCUUCGACCCGUUCGCCUGGGACAACGUCCUCGCCAUGGCGGACCGCUUUGAGUUCACCACGUUCCGGCGGCGCGCCGAAGCGCUGAUGCGUGACGACGGUCUAAAAUAGUAGUUGUGUGUC